UCUGUGCAGUGGUGCAGAGCUAUAACAGGGUGAAAAACACUGAGGCCAAGUUACCAUUAAAGGGGUGAACAAGGCACUAGGACCUAGGAGAAGUCUCAUCCACCCUGGCAGGAAUUUCUUGCUUGGAGCUCAGACAACAAAGGCAGAGUGAGACUGGUUUUCUUUCUCUCAGCAUCUCCACCCUACGAGCUGAAAACUGCUUCAGAUCUUUAGGGUUCACCAAACUAUGGAACUUGAUUUUGGACACUUUGACGAAAGAGAUAAGACGUCCAGAAACAUGCGAGGCUCACGUAUGAAUGGAUUGCCCAGCCCCACUCACAGUGCUCACUGUAGCUUCUACCGAACCCGGACCUUACAGGCACUGAGUAACGAGAAGAAAGCAAAGAAGGUGCGUUUCUAUCGCAAUGGGGACCGCUACUUCAAGGGGAUUGUGUAUGCCGUGUCCUCCGACCGCUUCCGAAGCUUUGAUGCUUUGCUGGCUGACCUGACCCGUUCUCUGUCUGAUAACAUUAACCUGCCUCAGGGAGUUCGCUACAUCUACACCAUUGAUGGGACCAGAAAGAUUGGGAGCAUGGAUGAACUGGAAGAAGGGGAAAGCUAUGUCUGUUCAUCUGACAACUUUUUCAAGAAGGUGGAGUAUACCAAGAAUGUCAAUCCCAACUGGUCCGUCAAUGUGAAGACAUCGGCCAACCUGAAAGCACCUCAGUCUCUGGCCAGCAGCAACAGUGCCCAGGCAAGAGAGAACAAGGAUUUUGUGCGUCCCAAGCUGGUGACCAUCAUCCGCAGUGGGGUGAAGCCCCGAAAGGCUGUUCGCGUGCUCCUGAACAAGAAGACUGCACAUUCGUUUGAGCAAGUUCUCACUGAUAUCACUGAAGCUAUAAAACUGGAGACAGGUGUGGUCAAAAAAUUGUAUACCCUGGAUGGGAAACAGGUGACCUGUCUCCACGAUUUCUUUGGGGAUGAUGAUGUAUUUAUUGCCUGUGGUCCGGAAAAAUUCCGCUAUGCACAGGAUGACUUUUCUCUGGAUGAAAACGAGUGCCGUGUAAUGAAAGGGAAUCCUCCGACCACUCCAGGCAGCAAGUCAUCCCCAACCCCUCAGAAGAGCUCAGCAAAGAGUCCAGCCCCCAUGCGCCGGAGCAAGUCUCCAGCCGAUUCAGGUAACCAUCAAGAUGCAAAUGGAACAUCAAGCAGUCAGCUGUCUACACCCAAAUCCAAGCAGUCUCCAAUCUCCACACCUACCAGUCCAGGGAGCCUCCGUAAGCACAAGGACUUGUACCUGCCUCUGUCCUUGGAUGACUCUGAUUCCCUUGGAGAUUCCAUGUAAAGGAACACAAUUCUAAUUGUCCGUAUACAAGCUAUGUUUAAGAUACAGUACAGUACUUCUGCCAAAAGAAGCAGAUAGGUGACUGGUACUUUCAAAUCAAAGGACACAAAGUUAUAUGUCAUUUUUUUCUGUGUUUUUUCCUCCGUGCCACAAAUCGACACCUAUCAACUAAUAGGGAUAGAGUGAUACCAUCCUUCUGAGUAAUUAUAUAGAUAUGCGAAAUGGGCAUUGCCAGCAAUCUGACGCCAGUUAUCUCAUGCAUUUCCCCUGUACUUCAGUGCUUUUCUUCUGCUCUAAGUUCUUGAGUUUACUGUUAACUGCAGAAAAGUUGACAGUUCCCACUAGAAGUACAUAAAUAAAUCUUUCGCUGAUCAAUUCUAAAACUAAAAGAAAACAAAUACUAAUCUCCACCUUUUCAAAAUGCUGAUGAAUGCUAGCAGCUCUUUGAAAGCAGAUCUGCUUCUAAUUUUGCAUCCCUGGUUUUAGCACCUGCAUGCUGUCUAGCACCAAUUUCUGUUGCUGAAGGAUGGGGAGAGAGAUGACUUGUUGCUCUGGUAAAAGAUGCUUAAGAUGCCAGCAGAAUGUGAAACACAGGAGUUUGGACAAGAUUCAGAAAUGCUGCAUAAAAUGCUAAGUAAAGUUUUUAUAGCACAGUAAUUACAUUAUAAAUUUAUGUAUUGGGUCAUUUUCUAAUAACUAAGCAAAGAUAUAUAUACGUCAGCUGGGUGGUGAACCAGGUUUCUCAUGUAACCCAAAGAUAAUGCUGGCUGAUAUCAAGUUAUUAUACCUGCCAUAUGGUAUCUCUCUAUCUCUGCUUAUAAUAUUAAUGCCUUGUAAACAGCCAACACUGAAAACACUGUGAGAAUUUGUUUUCAGGUCUGACACCUUUAGAUCGCUUUUUGUAGCAAGAAACCAAUACACUUUUUAUAAAAAAAAAAACGAAAAAACUUGUAUCUGUGUUUUGGGAGUAAGUAUUCAAGCUCCUUUUUUAUAAAAGCUGGUGAUUUUCUUUUGUUUAAAAAACACAUUCAGAAAAAUUUACAAAAAAAAAAAAAAGAAAAGCCAACUGCAAAACAGUAAUAA